GCUCCGCUGUCCCUGCAGUAGGUGGAGAGGGUGGUCCGGGUUCUCCAAUAUGGACAAUCAUUUCUUCAGGUUCCUCCUCUCCACCACCUGUUCCUGAUGGUCCUGAUUGCAGCCAAUGAAGGAGCGGGCCUUCCUCACCAGUUCAGUGAGUCUGUUGGUGUCUCCAAAGCUGGACAUCGUCCAGGACCAACAUCGGAGAGCUCGGUCUCUGCUCACGGCUCAGAGGACUCAGAUGGUUGAGGGGUCUAAGGAGGACACCGUUGUCUGGGACUCUGUACGGAGUCUAGAGAUCGCAGGCGGACUUCUUUUCCCUCAGCAGGAGGAGGAGGUGUCCGGAGGAGGCGUCUCCUCCUGCCUCCCUUGCUGCUGUUCAUCACACAUCAAAGAGAGACUGUUGCCGAGCAACGAAGCCUUCACGCCGUCAGGAGGGGAACCUCAAAAUGGGUUCUGCGUGCUCAGGAACGAGCCCUGGACCCAGAUGAGUUGUCCCUUUGCUACAAUUAAAGAGGGAACGUUGAGGUGUGGCUUUGGGGUUCUACCUGGUCCUUCUUCUCUCUGUCCGACUCCGACCAGAGGAGACCGACCUUUGUUCACGGAGGACCAUCCAGGUGAACGCCGGCUGCUGAAGUCUGAGCCAACGAUGGCGUCUGUGACGUUCAAAUGCAGCGUCGGCGUUAUGGAGCGGCUCUUUGAGGUGGUGGUCCAUGAACACAUCCUAAAGCUUCCAGACAGCAGCAGUCGUUCACCUGGCUGGUCCUCCGUGAACAAAGGUCGGUCUCCUCUGGUCGGAGCACGCAGAACCCAUUUUGAGGUUCCCCUCCUGACGGCGUGACAGGCUUCGUUGCUCAGCAACAGUCUCUCUUGUGUGAUGAAUAGCAGCUGCAGGUGAAUUAUAGAACACGGUCACACGGUCAUUUAGUUUCAUGACGUCUUCCAGCCCUGAAGGAUGUUCUCUCAGGCUGACUCACUCCAGCUGGAGGUGGAAGACUGAAGCCAGUGAGACCAGUUCUGAGGAUGGGUGGUUCCUCACUGGGAUCAUUACGCUGAAGACAGGGAGACAUUAAUGUGCUGCAUAGAAACAACAGCUACACAUCAUAUGCCCUGUAAAGCUACGACCUCCAUAUUCUGGCCUAAUUCAGAAUGAUAUCAUUCUUAUGUGUCUUGCAUGUGAUCCUCAAUUAAUUACAAACAACAACAAAAAUCUACAAACUUUGUCAACUGCUUAUUUAAUAUAUGUACACAAUUGUCUGCUUGUAAAUUACAUAACACGCUAAUUAUAAUCUAUUUACCACGAAACCACCUGGAAA